GGUCACGAUAAGGUUUUCACCAUAGCGACCCCUGGACAGAGGAUGCAGUGUCUAGUUCCCUACUCAGGGAACCAUGGUUAUAUUCUGAUUUUAAUGCUAAUAUGCCUUCUUAAGAACUUGUCAUAAUAAAUACUGUCUUAAAGGGUUCUUGAACCUUAAAUUUUUAAUGCUUUCUCCUCAUUUAUCCAUUUGUUUCUAAUGCCCAUCUUGACCAGGACUCUGUGGUAGAAUAUUGUAUCUCAGCGGGACCUCCCUGGUUAAAAUAAUCCCUGGUUAAAAUAAUUGCUCUAAUAAUUGACUCUUGGUAGCAGAAUUUUAAAUUUUUGCCUUAGGGCCAGUGUUAAUGUUGGCAUGGAUACUGGACCAACUAAGCCAGCAAAAAAUAAAUAAUAAUAAUGAUAAAAUUAAAAAUCCUUAUUGUUGAAACCUGCAAUACAGUUCUAAUACAGACCUAGUCUGUGUGUUUGUUCAGAGGCUAACGGGAUUAACCUUGCAUCUCUCUAAAAUGGAAAUGUUUUCACAUAACCACUCCUGGAAAUUUUUCCCAUUGCAAAUGGCUUGUGAUUGUAACAUGUGUAUGUUGCUUAGCAACUCCAGAUGGAUGUGCAUUAGGUAAAUCAUUUUACACCAUGUGAAAAUCCAGAAUGGAGCUGAAAGGUAUUUUCACAGCAUUUAUAGGUGCCCAUCUUUCAAGCAGUUGUCUCAUCGAAGCGAAUUUAACAGUGGAGCUGGAGAAUGUUUCCAUUGCUCACGUUGGACUGUAAUUGAAAGGAACAGAGAAAAUGAUCAUCUGGACUUGCUAACACCCAAGACGAGAACUUGGAUUGAUGAGAAAGCGGAAAGCACCGGACGUUGGGUAAACAUGGUCAACCUGGACCAGAAAUGGACCUGGUUUCACCACAGUGGAGUUGGUUGGACAUCACAACAGCAGUUUGGCAGAAUGACAAAGCUGGUGUCACUCUUCAACCCUGGAGAAUCCAGAAUAUGUUCCAGUGCCUCAACAACUCAAGCAGUGAGUUUGUCAUCGUCUCAUGGGACACAUUAGAACAUGGAUCACAUGCUUGAGAACGAAAGGGAAGGACACACAGCAGCCUGGGAAAGGAAACAGACGUCCAGCGGCUCAGUGGCUGUCAUUGCGAAAGCAAAUUCCCACUCUAAUUACCAUCAAGAGUUUCUGUGACUGUGUGCGUCUCUCUCACAGCACAGGCUCUCAAGACACUUCAACUGGUCUUCCAGCACAAGCAGGGAUGGAGAGAAGCAGGGCCUCUGUGAUUUCUGCCCAUUUCAUCACAUGUUUAGCUUUCGCAGGCUUGGUGGGAGCAGGGAAGCCCUGGUUGCCGCCAGAAGUGUGUAGGACACUGCUAUGUGACAAAGUCACUUUUGAUGCCAAUGCUUAUAAAUUUUGUGUUGAGCCAUUCAAUCAAACCAUGGCAAACACUGAAUACCAACUCAGAUGUCCCUGGCCAAGCACUAGAAGAGACUACGUCAAACUGAUUCUGUGCCUGGAGGAUCUGGCUAACUCCACAUGCUGUAAAGACGUUUCCUACAGACACUACCUAAUGCUGGACAUCCAUAAGGUUUAUUUCUCCAUGUGCUCAUAUAUGCAAGACCCAGGAAUUCCCAUCCUUCUGAUGCUCAUCUUGCCCUGUGUCAUCAUCCCAUUCUUUAUACCAUUCAUCUGCCAGUACUUCAAACUGCAGGAGUAUAGACUGCCAAACAACUAAUGAUUGGACAGUGUUUUGCAUUUCAGAAUGCACAAUGUGCAUGAAUAAAAAGUACAUAUUUUAUAAAAAAAAUUUGUAGGCCUCACAAUAUAUAAGUUUCCUAAAGUCCAUAUUGUUAGAUUACAUUUAUGCAUUUGGGAGACAAUUAUUCCAAGCAACUUAUAUUGCAUUUAGGGUACAAAAUAUGUGUAAUUGUUCACAUAUUCAGCAUUUUUUUUUUUUUGUAUAUAUUAAUUUGUGUACAUCCAUCCUAAUAUGAUGUUUAUUUUGUGCUCAAGAAACAUUUCUUAUGACCAAUGUUUAAAACUGUUGUGCUGCUUAAUAUUUUUGUGAAAAAAAAAAAAAAAAAAAGAUUUUUAGGAUCCUCCCAAAAAUCUAAACAACUUACUGAAACCAAACUUUAAAGCAACUUUGCAUAUAUUAUGAGCUGGAUGGUAGGCAAAGAAAAUAAAAGAAAAGAGCAAUAGUGUGUAAUAUAUAGUAUUUAUAUAACAUAUUUGAACCUUUUUUUUUUUUUUUUUUUUUUUUUUUUGCUACUGCUCAGCCCUAUUCAUAGCAGUCGCUAAACAAUAAUUUACACAGUCGAUGCAAAGGCAUUUUAAACACGUAAUAAAUAUUUAUUUUGACAAAAAAAAAAACAAAAAAGAAAUUUGUACAGUGCUCUGAAAACAGUUUUUUCUUUUUACAGAAUAGCAAUCGGUACUGCUAUUAAAUAUCCACAUAACAUCAUAGUAUUUUCAGUAUUGCUAAUGCUAAAGUAACACAUCAUUUUUACCAUAUGAACUCAAAAUGUUUGUCUUAUUUUCUGACAGACAAACUACAUGUCUUUAUGACCAGGCAACACUUUCAGAUCUAUAGAGGCCUUUCUGACACAGUCUAAAAUGAUGCAAACUCAAAAAGACUAAAUGACAUAAAGGAUCUUUUCCAGUGUGUUUUUUUUUUUUUUUUUUUUGUUAUCUAGGGGUCAUUUACGUGGAUCUAAAAUACAAAGUAAAUUAGUAUUGUUUGUAAUAGCAUGUGACAGAGGUAAGCAUUUUCCUUUGUACAAUGAGUCUCAGUAGUCUGAACUGAUGCACUGUUUAUAACUGAGUAAAAUGCUUUGUUAGAACCAAAA